AUGGUUUUUGUUUCUAAUGCAGAAUCCCUUACGAUGCUACUAAACAUCGACUGCGGGGCAACAGACUCCGACUCCACAUGGGAAAUUGAUGAAAAGUUCAUUAAAAGUGGACAAAACAUGCAAAUCAACACAACCAUAACUCUUCGAGAAAUGACCACCCUCAGAUUUUUCCCUGAUGGCAUUGAAAGUUGCUACAAUUUACCAUUGCUAGGCCGAGAAAGGUACCUAAUUCGAGCUGGAUUUUACUAUGGCAACUAUGAUGGCCUGUCAAAUCCCCCAGCCUUUGAUCUCCGCAUCAAUGGUCAGUAUUGGACGACGAUUAAUAGCACUUUAACAGAAGAUCCAAUUUAUGUAGAAAUGAUUUACCCGGUAAGGAGGGACAGUGUUAAAAUAUGCCUGGUUCGAGUUCACAACAAUAACCCGUUCAUUUCUUCUCUGCAAGCCAGAGUUCUCCCCAGUAAUUUCUACAAAUUGAUGGAGAACACCACCAUUCUGAAUCUCCAUAGCAGAAUUCACUUCGGUGGUGAGCGCGAUGUUGGAAAAUCAACAAGGUUUGGCGGCGACGAAGAUUUCAACCGCAUUUGGAAGCUGAAACAAAUGUACAACUACCACAAUGUAACUUCUGUUAGAAUUCCAUACGGCUCCUCUGUAAGUACAGAAAAUUGGCCUCCAUAUAUGGCGGUAGCAGAUGGAAUCUCUCCUCCAAAUGGUUUUAAUUCAAUCUCAAUGUGGUUUGAUCUUCCUCCACAAACCUCGCAAGCUUACUUUGUGUUUUACUUCAAGGAGCCAGAACAAUCGCCCCCAGUAUCACUCGUUAGGAGAAUUGAGAUUUCUAUAAAUGGUCACCAAAUGGCUCUCACUGAGGUCCCCCAAAUGGACAAAGACGCCAUACAAGUUGUGUCGCUAUACCCAGUCCCGGUUGCAGGGUCUGCCAAUGUGACACUACAACGCGCAGAAGGGUCUACAUUUCCUCCCAUCAUCAAUGCAAUGGAGGUUUUCACUUCAAUGGAGUUGUCAAGAGCUGAACUUGCUCAUCACUAUCCUUUCAUGGUUCUAGCUUUUCUUCAUGUGUUUGGGCUUUCUAUGUUGUUGGGAUAA